CGCUCAUACACCACGGCUACUUUUUCUACAUGUUUAAACGCAGACCAGCAGUAGGUUAUCAAUUCCGUUAAAAGCCUGUUAAAAUUAGCGCAAAUAGUAGCCUACUAUGAGCAAAUAGUUACAUUGUAACACGCCGGUGUUACAACUUUCUCACGGGGCUUUUGGUGCGGAAGUUGUAAUUUAAAACCUUCCACAGACACUCGUCGGAUUUGGCCAAGGAAAGAGCCUCGUCUUGGGGGGUUACAAUUGAGGAAAAUCCCCUUUUCCUUAGUGCUGACGCUGACUGGGAGCUGUAGCUACGUGCAGUAGCUUGGACUGAUAUAUCCACCAUGUUUAUUUGGGUUUUAGUUUUAGGGGCCUUCGUUUCUAGAUCAGAAUGUUACUUUUCGGAGGAGAAAUAUCCUGAAGAAUCGAAAAUGCAGCCGCCAACGGUUGUUAUUGCGAUCAUUGCUCGGAACGCGGCGCAUUCCUUGCCGUACUACCUCGGAGCGUUGGAGAGACUGAACUAUCCCAAAGCACGCAUCUCUGUUUGGGCAGCGACAGAUCACAAUGCUGACAACACUACAGCUGUUCUGAGAGAAUGGCUAACAGUCAUGCAAAAGUUUUACCACUACGUGGAAUGGAGGCCUAUGGAGCAUCCUACGUCCUACCCAGGGGAGAUGGGGCCUAAAUACUGGAGCAACGGCAGAUAUGAAUACCUGAUGAAGCUUAAACAGGCUGCUCUCAACUUUGCCAAGACACGCUGGGCUGACUACAUACUGUACGCUGACACAGACAACAUCCUGACCAACCCAGAGACUCUGAACCUCCUGAUAGCAGAGAACAGGUCUGUUGUGGCCCCCAUGCUGGACUCUCAGGGAGCCUACUCCAACUACUGGUGCGGCAUCACUCCCCAGGGUUAUUACCGGCGUACAGCUGAGUAUUUCCCCACCAGACAGCGCCACCGGCUGGGCUGCUACCCAGUGCCCAUGGUCCACUCUACCUUCCUGCUGGACAUGAGGAAGGCAGGCAUGAAGAAGCUGGCCUUCCACCCCCCUCACCAGGACUACUCCUGGCCCUUCGAUGACAUCAUCGUCUUUGCCUUCUCCUGCCGCGUCUCAAAGGUGCAGAUGUACCUGUGCAACAAGGUGAGGUAUGGUUACCUGAACGUCCCAGCCAAGCCUCACCACACCAUAGAGGAUGACAGCAUCAGCUUCAGCCAUCUCGUCCUGGAGGCCACGAUCGAGGGUCCCCCCAUGGCCCCCUCCAAAUACGUGAGCCUCUUCCCCAAACAGAGAGACCUCAUGGGCUUUGAUGAGGUGUACCUGAUCAACCUGCGUCGUCGUCAGGACCGUAGAGACCGGAUGCUGUACUCUCUCAACGAGCUGGAGAUAGACGUCAAGGUGGUGGACGCCAUAGAUGGAGGAGCUCUGAACAGCAGUGAUAUAAAGAUCCUGGGAGUGGACAUACUACCUGGUUACUAUGACCCGUUCUCUCGCCGUACCCUGACCAAAGGAGAGGUGGGAUGCUUCCUGAGUCACUACUACAUCUGGAAGGAGAUGGUAGACCAGCAGAUGGACAAGGCGUUGAUCUUUGAGGAUGACGUGCGUUUCCAGUCCAACUUCAAGCGGCGCGUGCUGCAUCUGAUGAAGGAGGUGGAGCUGGUGGAACUGGACUGGGACAUCAUUUACCUGGGCCGUAAGCAGGUGAAGCCAGGUGAUGAGGAGGUGGUGGAGAACGUGAGGAACCUGGUGAUGGCAGACUAUUCCUACUGGACCCUGUCCUAUGCCAUCUCUCUCCAGGGCGCCCAGAAGCUGCUCAACGCUGAACCCCUCUCCAAGAUGCUGCCCGUUGAUGAGUUCCUACCCAUCAUGUAUGACAAACACACCAAUGAGAACUACAAGUCCCACUUCCCUAACCGUAACCUGCAGGCGUUCUCAACACACCCCCUACUGGUGCACCCAGCCCAAUACGCUGGGGACCCCAAGUGGGUGAGCGACACGGAGACCUCCACGCUGUGGGACGACGACAACGUACGAACGGACUGGAGGGGCUCCCACAAAACCCUGAAGGGGGCUCCCCAACCCCACAUGCUGCAGACGUCAUAUAAAGAUGAGCUGUAGUUAAACCAUAUUUAUUAGUGCCUGAUUCACACAGUUUAUAUCACUUCCUGAAUUGACUGCCUUCAAUAGGGAUUGACCCCAACCCUGCUAUUGUGCACCGCAGAACACUCCAAGGCCUGGGUGAGUGACCCUCACUGUACAUCUAUUCCCAAGGCAUCAGAAAACAGAAAUACUGGAGGAAACAUUCUCUUUUUAUAUCACAUUCUACUUAUUCUGUGUAUUGUGAGAACAAUCAUAGUAAAUGUUUUCUUUAUUUUAGUAAAGUAACUACAUACAAGUUGAACUGUGAGCACUUACACAUCGUAAGGAUCCUAUAGUAGUGGUAAUAUGUUAGGAGCAGUGUCUCUCUCUCUAGGCCUGAACUCGUGGUAGUCUUACAAGGUCAACAGUCCAGAGAGAAGCCUGCAAUCCAUAUUCUCCUGACAUCAUUGAUGGUGUCAAUUGCCACGACAAUCAAGUUACAUUCUGACUGCGCUCAUCUAUAUUGGUUUGUGUUGAUGGAUUAUCUUUUUUUAUGUGUACAAAUUCCAUUAUUUGUACAAGUCUUAUUUACAGUUUUCCUAAUUUAUUUCUAGCAUUAUAUUGUGCUUUUUGAAUGCACAAUAUUAAACCCAAGUGCAAUGUCUUAAUGGUAGUGAAAUUCCCUCUUUGUCAAAUAAAUUACUAUACUGUACCUUGAUGUCAAGUGACUUUGAAGAACAAAUGUUUUUCAAAAGUAGCACAUUUGGCAGAAGCUUUGUCGGUGCCAAAACUGUAAAAAAAAUGGAUGUGACAAUGAUGUAACUAACUUUAUACAUGAAUAAAAAUCAACUUUUUCCAUUUUUA